AUGGACCUCAACCUGGUCCUGUCCACGCUCAUGGGGCCCCCUUUCGAGCCCAUGGCGACCUGCCCUCUGUCCUGCCUUUCCUGGAAGGUGGCCUUUCUGGUGGCCAAAACCUCGGCCAGUAGGAGUGGUCUCGAGAACAUCCCUCCAGGCCACGUUAGACAUGGCAGACUCAGCGGCUUUGACUAUGGCCACCACCAUUACAAGGAGGAGCAGCGUGUGGCUGCAGCCUUCCUCCGCAGAUGUCAGGUGCAAGUAUUCAUCAAGGCCGAGUCGCAAGCACAGGCUGCAGAGAAUGUGUCUCUGGCUCAGGCCACCUUCCACAGGCUGGGCCUCAUAUUGAAUGUGCCCAAAUCCACACUAGCCCCGAUGCAGAGAACAGAAUUCAUAGGAGCUCUCUUGGGCUCCACACAGGCCAGGGCUUUCCUGACAGAGCUGCGCUUCCAAGCAUUCAUGGACAUUAUCAAAAACCUUCGCCGAUUCCCCACAACCACGGCCAGAAAUUGCAUGAAACUGUUGGGGCAUAUGGCGGCCUGCAAAUACGUUAUCAAGAACACCAGUGCACUCUAUGAGAGCGCAGACAUCGUCCGCAGCAUUCCUGGCACAGGUCCUAUCAAGGAAUUAUGCAAGGCAGCUACGUGGUCCUCUGUUCGCACCUUCACAUCACACUACGCCAUUACCCAACAGGCAAGGGACGAUGCAGCCUUUGAUGCUGGCAUCUCAGAAGUGGCUCAGAUCCAACUGGUGAAUGGCCCAAGUCGCUGCGCUGGGAGGGUUGAGGUGCUUUACAACCAGAAGUGGGGAACCGUAUGUGAUGACAGCUGGGACUUACAGGAUGCUGGAGUUGUAUGCAGGCAGCUGGGCUGUGGGACGGCUUUAUCAGCCCCACGAGGAGCAAGAUUUGGGCCAGGAUCUGACCGUAUAUUGCUGGAUGACGUCAACUGCACAGGGACAGAAGUUGCCCUCUCUGAUUGCAGGGCUCGGCCUUGGGGACACAAUAACUGUACCCACGGAGAAGAUGCCGGUGUUGUGUGCUCAGGUACAGAGAUACCACUCCCCGGCACUCUCCGAGUGGUGAACGGCCCGAGUCGCUGCGCUGGGAGGGUCGAGGUGCUUCACAACCAGAAGUGGGGAACCGUGUGUGAUGACAGCUGGGACUUACAGGAUGCCGGAGUCGUGUGCAGGCAGCUGGGCUGUGGGACGGCGUUAUCAGCCCCAGGAGGGGCUCGAUUUGGGCGAGGAUCAGACCGUAUCUGGCUGGCUGACAUCAACUGCACAGGGACAGAAGUUGCCCUCUCCGAUUGCAGGGCUUGGCCUUGGGGAAAGAAUAACUGUACCAAUGGAGAAGAUGCCGGUGUUGUGUGCUCAGACGCUGGCAUCUCAGAAGUGGCUCAGAUCCGACUGGUGAACAGCAGGAGUCACUGCGCUGGGAGGGUCGAGGUGCUUCACAACCGUCAGUGGGGAACCGUGUGUGAUGACAGCUGGGACUUACAGGAUGCCGGAGUCGUAUGCAGGCAGCUGGGCUGUGGGACGGCAUUAUCAGCCCCAGGAGGGGCUCGAUUUGGGCAAGGAUCUGACCGUAUCUGGCUGGAUGACGUCAACUGCACAGGGACAGAAGUUGCCCUCUCUGAUUGCAGCGCUCGGUCUUGGGGAGAGAAUAACUGUAACCACGGAGAAGAUGUCGGUGUUGUGUGCUCAGACGCUGGCAGCUCAGAAGUGGCUCAGAUCCGACUGGUGAACAGCCCAAGUCACUGCGCUGGGAGGGUCGAGGUGCUUCACAACCAUCGAUGGGGAACCGUGUGCGAUGACAACUGGGACUUACAAGAUGCAGGAGUCGUAUGCAGGCAGCUGGGCUGUGGGACGGCGUUAUCAGCUCCAGGAGGGGCUCGAUUUGGGCGAGGGUCAGAUCGUAUCUGGCUGGAUAACAUGAACUGCACAGGGACAGAAGUUGCCCUCUCUGAUUGCAGGGCUCGGCCUUGGGGAGAAAAUAACUGUACGCACGGAGAAGAUGUCGGUGUUGUGUGCUCAGACGCUGGCAUAUCAGAAGUGGUUCAGCUCCGACUGGUGAACAGCCCAAGUCACUGCGCUGGGAGGGUCGAGGUUCUUCACAACCAGAAGUGGGGAACCGUGUGUGAUGACAGCUGGGACUUACAGGAUGCCGGAGUUGUGUGCAGGCAGCUGGGCUGUGGGACAGCGUUAUCAGCCCCAGGAGGGGCUCGAUUUGGGCAAGGAUCUGACCGUAUCUGGCUGGAUGACGUCAACUGCACAGGGACAGAAGGUGCCCUCUCCGAUUGCAGGGCUCGGCCUUGGGGAGACAGUAACUGUAACCACAGAGAAGAUGCCGGUGUUGUGUGCUCAGAGGCUGGCAUCUCAGAAGUGGCUCAGCUCCACCUGGUGAAUGGCCCGAGUCGCUGCGCUGGGAGGGUCGAGGUGCUUCACAACCAGCUCUGGGGAACCGUGUGUGAUGACAGCUGGGACUUACAGGAUGCCGGAGUCGUGUGCAGACAGCUGGGCUGUGGGACGGCGUUAUCAGCCCCAGGAGGGGCUCGAUUUGGGAGAGGAUCUGACCAUAUCUGGCUGGCUGACGUCAACUGCACAGGGACAGAAGUUGCCCUCUCCAAUUGCAGGGCUUGGCCAUGGGGAGAGAAUAACUGUACCCAUGGAGAAGAUGCCGGUGUUGUGUGCUCAGACGCUGGCAUCUCAGAAGUGGCUCCGCUCCAACUGGUGAACAGCCCGAGUCACUGUGCUGGGAGAGUCGAGGUGCUUCACAACCAUCGAUGGGGAACCGUGUGCGAUGAGAACUGGGAUUUACAGGAUGCCGGAGUCGUAUGCAGGCAGCUGGGCUGUGGGACGGCGUUGUCAGCUCCAGGAGGGGCUCGAUUUGGGCGAGGGUCAGAUGGUAUCUGGCUAGAUGACAUCAACUGCACAGGGAAAGAAAUUGCCCUCUCCGAUUGCAGGGUUGAGGCUUGGGGAGAGAAUAACUGUACCCACGGAGAAGAUGCCGGUGUUGUGUGCUCAGACGCUGGCAUCUCAGAAGUGGCUCAGAUCCAACUGGUGAAUGGCCUGAGUUGCUGUGCUGGGAGGGUUGAGGUGCUUUACAACCAGAAGUGGGGAACCGUUUGUGAUGACAGCUGGGACUUACACGAUGCUCGAUUUGUAUGCAGGCAGCUGGGCUGUGGGACGGCUUUAUCAGCCCCACGAGUAGCUCGAUUUGGGCGAGGAUCUGACCCUAUAUUGCUGGAUUAUGUCAACUGCACAGGGACAGAAGUUGCCCUCUCCGAUUGCAGGGCUCGGCCUUGGGGACACGAUAAAUUCCACGGAGAAGGUGCUGGUGUUGUGUGCUCAGACGCUGGCAUCUCAGAAGUGGCUCAGCUCCAACUGGUGAACGGCCCGAGUCGCUGCGCUGGGAGGGUCGAGGUGCUUCACAACGAGCUCUGGGGAACCUUGUGUGAUGACAGCUGGGACUUACAGGAUGCCGGAGUCGUGUGCAGACAGCUGGGCUGUGGGAUGGCGUUAUCAGCCCCGGGAAGGGCUCGAUUUGGGCGAGGAUCUGACCGUAUCUGGCUGGCUGACGUCAACUGCACAGGGACAGAAGUUGCCCUCUCUGAUUGCAGGGCUUGGCCUUGGGGAGUGAAUAACUGUACCCACGGAGAAGAUGCCGGUGUUGUGUGCUCAGACGCUGGCAUCUCAGAAGUGGCUCAGCUCCGACUGGUAAACAGCCCGAGUCACUGCGCUGGGAGAGUCGAGGUGCUUCACAACCAUCGGUGGGGAACCGUGUGCGAUGACAACUGGGACCUACAGGAUGCUGGAGUCGUAUGCAGGCAGUUGGGCUGUGGGACGGCAUUAUCAGCCCCAGGAGGGGCUCGAUUUGGGCGAGGGUCAGAUGGUAUCUGGCUGGAUGACGUCAAUUGCACAGGGACAGAAGUUGCCCUCUCCGAUUGCAGGGUUCAGACUUGGGGAGAGAGUAACUGUACCCACGGAGAAGAUGCCGGUGUUGUGUGCUCAGAAAUGGCUCAGCUCCGACUGCUGAACGGCCCGAGUCGCUGCGCUGGGAGAGUCGAGGUGCUUUACAGCAAGCUCUGGGGAACCGUGUGUGAUGACAGCUGGGACUUACAGGAUGCCGGAGUUGUGUGCAGGCAGCUGGGCUGUGGGACGGCAUUAUCAGCCCCAGGAAGAGCUCGAUUUGGGCAAGGAUCUGACCCUAUAUGGCUGGACAAUGUUCACUGCACAGGGACAGAAGCUGCCCUCACCGAUUGCAGGGCUCAGCCUUGGGGAGACAGUAACUGUACCCACGGAGAAGAUGCCGGUGUUGUGUGCUCAGAUGCUGGCAUCUCAGAAGUGGCUCAGCUCCGACUGGUGAAUGGCCCAAAUCGCUGCUCUGGGAGAGUCGAGGUGCUUCACAACCAGCAGUGGGGAACCGUGUGUGAUGACAGCUGGGACUUACAGGAUGCCGGAGUUGUAUGCAGGCAGCUGGGCUGUGGGACGGCGUUAUCAGCCCCAGUAGGGGCUCGAUUUGGGCGAGGGUCGGACCGUAUCUGGCUGGAUAACGUCAACUGCACAGGGACAGAAGUUGCCCUCUCCGAUUGCAGGGCUCGGCCUUGGGGAGAGAAUAACUGUACCCAUGGAGAAGAUGCCGGUGUUGUGUGCUCAGUGUUUGCAGACGCUGGCAUUUCAGAAGUGGCUCAGAUCCGACUGGUGAACAGCAGGAGUCACUGCGCUGGGAGGGUCGAGGUGCUUCACAACCAGCAGUGGGGAACCGUGUGUGAUGACGGCUGGGACUUACAGGAUGCUGGAGUCAUAUGCAGGCAGCUGGGCUGUGGGACGGCGUUAUCAGCCCCACUGGGGGCUCGAUUUGGGCGAGGGUCAGACCCUAUAUGGCUGGAUUACGUCAACUGCACAGGGACAGAAGCUGCCCUCUCUGAUUGCAGGGCUUGGCCUUGGGGAGACAAUAACUGUACCCACGGAGAAGAUGCCGGUGUUGUGUGCUCAGACUCUGGCAUCUCAGAAGUGGCUCAGCUCCAACUGGUGAACGGCCCGAGUCGCUGCGCUGGGAGGGUCGAGAUGCUUCACAACCAGCUCUGGGGAACCGUGUGUGGUGACAGCUGGGACUUACAGGAUGCCAGAGUUGUGUGCAGGCAGCUGGGCUGUGGGAUGGCGUUAUCAGCCCCAGGAGGGACUCGAUUUGGGCAAGGAUCUGACCGUAUCUGGCUGGAUGAUAUCAGCUGCACAGGGACAGAAGCUGCCCUUUCCGAUUGCAGGAUUCAGCCUUGGGGAGAGAAUAACUGUACCCACGGAGAAGAUGCCGGUGUUGUGUGCUCAGACGCUGGCAUCUCAGAAGUGGCUCAGCUCCGACUGGUGAACAGCAGGAGUCACUGCGCUGGGAGGGUCGAGGUGUUUCACAACCAUCGGUGGGGAACCGUGUGCGAUGAUAGCUGGGACUUACAGGAUGCUGGAGUCGUGUGCAGGCAACUGGGAUGUGGGACGGCGUUAUCAGCCCCAGGAGGUGCUCGAUUUGGGCGAGGAUCAGACCGUAUCUGGCUGGAUGAUGUCAACUGCACAGGGACAGAAGCUGCCCUCUCUGAUUGCCGGGUGCAGUCUUGGGGAGAGAAUAACUGUACCCAUGGAGAAGCUGCCGGUGUUGUGUGCUCAGACUCUGGCAUCUCAGAAGUGGCUCAGCUCCGACUGGUGAACGGCCCAAGUCGCUGCGCUGGGAGAGUCGAGGUGCUUCACAACCAGCAGUGGGGAACCGUGUGUGAUGACGGCUGGGACAUAACUGAUGCUGGAGUCGUAUGCAGGCAGCUGGGCUGUGGGACGGCGUUAUCAGCCCCAUGGGGGGCUCGAUUUGGGCGAGGAUCUGACCGUAUCUGGCUGGAUGACGUCAACUGCACAGGAACAGAAGUUGCCCUCUCCGAUUGCAGGGCUCGGCCUUGGGGAGAUAAUAACUGUACCCACGGAGAAGUUGCUGGUGUUGUGUGCUCAGGCUCAGGCAUCUCAGAAGUGGCUCCGCUCCGACUGGUGAACGGCCCAAGUCGCUGCGCUGGGAGAGUCGAGGUGCUUCACAACCAGCAGUGGGGAACCGUGUGUGAUGACAGCUGGGGCUUGUCCGAGGCUGAAGUCGUGUGCAGGCAGCUGGGCUGUGGGACGGCGUUAUCAGCGCCACGUGGGGCUCACUUUGGACAAGGAUCUGACCAUGUGUGGCUGGAUGAGGUUCAGUGCACAGGGGCAGAAGCUGCCCUCACCGAAUGCAAGGCUAAGCCUUGGGGAGAGCAUGGCUGUAACCCCGGAGAAGAUGCCAGUGUUGUAUGCUCAGAUCAGGGCCAGCUGAGGCUGCGGCUGACGAGUGGCCCAAGCCCCUGCUCCGGGCGAGUGGAGGUGCUGAUUAACGACACCUGGGGUGCCGUGUGUGACGCCGGCUGGGGCCUGCCGGAGGCGGGGGUGGUGUGCAAGCAGCUGGGCUGCGGCACGGCGCGGUCGACCCCGGGAGUUGCUCAGUUCGGCCCCAUGGCCGGCGAUGUCUGGCUGGAGGGCGUGAGCUGCUCGGGCCAGGAGUCUCUCAUCAGCGAGUGCCAGCUGAGGUGGCUGGGUCCCGGGCUGUGUGGCCGUGGCUCUGAGGCCAGCGUGGUGUGUGCCGGGCAGGCCGGCCUUGGGCUACUCUACUAUGUGCUCCUCGGCCUGGGUGCCCUCGGGGUGCUGAUCUGCGGGGUCCUGCUCUGCUGGAGGAUGCGUCGGAACAGAGCUGCUGGGUACCCCCUGGGCCAUGUGCACAUGGAGGAGCUGUGGGCUCCAGGGACCCCGGCCUGGCCCCAGGAAGCAGCAAAUCCAGAGCCCCCCGAGGAGCCCAACAGCGAGAAGACCCAGCGGUGCUGUGAAAGCCGCAUGCCAGCCGGGCUGGGCUGGGCUCAGCCUGCAGUGAGAGAUGGGCUGGUGGGAUCCUGCACAGAGCAGCCCCAGAGCUGCCAGCUGCCUGGACUGUGGGAACUCUGA